AUGGAAGUUUGCCAGUCCCUUAAUUCUACUAGAGGAUCAAAGCACUUCCCUUUGACUCCUUUCCGUAUUUUUAGGGGUCUAAUAUGUUUUUCUGUUUUUCUUUCAACUGCACUUAUGUUCUUAGUGUAUUUUGUACCUCUGGCUGCUGUAGUUCUGCGGCUUUUCAGUGUUCAUUACAGUAGAAAAUCAGUAUGCUUUCUAUUUGGUCUUUGGCUUGGUUUGUGGCCAUUCUUAUUCGAAAAGAUAAACAAAACUAGAGUGAUCUUUUGUGGCGAGAGAGUUCCAGCAAAAGAACGUGUCUUACUCAUAGCCAACCACAGAACGGAGGUUGAUUGGAUGUAUUUGUGGGAUCUAGCAUUGCGGAAAGGGUGCUUGGGCUACAUUAAAUAUGUCCUCAAGAGCAGUUUAAUGAAAUUGCCAAUCUUUGGCUGGGGAUUUCGCAUAUUGGAGUUCAUCCCAGUGGAGAGAAAAUGGGAACUUGAUCAGUCAGUAAUGCGUCGAAUGCUCUCAACCUAUAGCGAUCAUCACGAUCCCCUGUGGCUUGCUGUUUUUCCUGAAGGAACUGAUUAUGCCGAACAGAAGUGUAAAAGAAGUCAAAAGUAUGCUGCUGAAAAUGGAUUGCCAGUGCUGAAGAAUGUGCUGCUUCCUAAGACACGGGGUUUCUAUGCUUGCUUGGAAACCCUGAGGAACUCCUUGGAUGCAGUUUAUGAUGUUACUAUUGCAUACAAGAAUCAAUGUCCUACUUUCUUGGACAACCUUUUUGGUGUGGAUCCUUCCGAAGUACACAUGCACAUCAGACGUAUCCCUCUUAAGGAAAUCCCAGCAUCUGAAAACGAGGCUGCUGAUUGGUUGAUGAAUACAUUCCUGUUCAAGGAUCAGCUGCUCUCUGAUUUCAUAACUGAUGGUCAGUUUCCUCGUCAAGGAACAGAAGGGACACUCUUCGGCAACGGUGUAGCAGUUCUUGGAGGCAGCGGGUUUGCAUUAGCCCCUGGUGAAUCCAUGCAGUUUCCUGCCCCCACCCGGCUGAUUCGGCCGCUUCUGGGCCAGAACGGCUACAGCUUUGACACCAGAGGCGAUGGCAAUUGCGCCACAGGGAAUUGUGGCGACGGAUUGAAAUGCACCGGAUGUGGGAUACCGUCAGCAAGCCUGGUCAAAUUCACCCUGGAAAAUGGCAAUGCAGAGAAAGAUUUUUACGACGUCAGCCUCGUAGACGACUAUAAUCUCCCACUCAGCGUGCGGCCAUUCGACAGCUCUGGUGACUGCCAAUACGCUGGUUGCGUGGCAGACCUGAACAAAACUUGCCCCACGAAGCUGCAAGUUAUUGUUUCCGACGAAGUAGUGACAUACGACAGUGCAUGCGCCGCCUUUAACACAUCGAAAUAUUGUUGCACCGACGAUCACUCAACGCCCACAACUUGCCCGCCGACUAAGUACACUCUUGUUCAAGAAUUCUCGCCCUUCUACAUAUAG